CUGUCAGCUACCCGUAGAACAACAAAAACAAACAUCGCUGAGGUGCUCCGGGGACGGGAUGGAGGUGUGUGAUCUGGUGUAUCACUGAGGACACUCUUCCCUUUGGUCUCUGCAACAUCAGAGGGAUUAAAUCAUGGAGCUGUCCUCUGACGAAGAGGAGGCCCGCACCUUCGUCCAAGUCAUCAGUGAGAAGUACAACCCGGAGAAUUUCCCCUACGGCCAAGGCAUCGGCGUGGUGCUUCUCCCCAGUCCUCCCGGGUCCCCUGUCAAAGAUCGCCUCUUCUUGCCGAGCACGCUGGUUCUGAAUGAUUGCGGGAUCAGCAAAGCCGGCGACCGGUCGGACAUCGCCGCUUUCUGUGCGCACGUGGUGGAGCUGGACCUGUCCUUCAAUCAGCUGAAUGACUGGGGCGAGAUCUGCACCAUCGUUUCCAACGUCCCCCAGCUGGACUUCCUCAACCUGAGCAUGAACCCGCUGAGCAGCAUGCAGCUGCAGCCCAGCAUGGCCGAGGUUUUUUCCAGAGUGCGGCGCCUCGUCCUCAUCAACACGCAAGUCAGCUGGGACACCGUGCACACGCUCACACGGAACACGCCAGAACUGGAGGAGCUCUUCCUGUGCUUGAAUGGCUACAACACCGUGUCCGAGUCCCAGGCCUCGUGCCCGUCGCUGCGCCUGCUGCAGAUCACCGGCAACCAGCUGCAGGACUGGACGGAAGUGAGGAAGUUCGGGCGGCUCUACCCGCGGCUGAGCACGCUGGUGCUGGCCAACAACAGCGUGGACUCUGUGCGGGACACCAAGGAGGCGCUGGAGCGCCUCUUCCCCAACCUGCGCAGCAUCAACUUCAACAACUCAGGACUUCGUCAGUGGGAAGAUAUUGAAAAACUGAAUUUCUUUCCGAAGCUGGAAGAAGUCAAAGCACAAGGGAUCCCACUGCUGCAGCCUUACAGCUCUCAGGAGAAGCGGAGUCUACUUUUAGCACAGCUGCCCUCUGUAACAGUGCUGAAUGGGAGCGCAGUGUCUGAGGGGGAAAGAGAGGACGCCGAGAGGUUCUUCAUCAGGUACUACCAGGACCAGAAGUGUCCUGAACGGGAGCUUCCUGAGAGGUACCACGUCCUCGUGUCCAAGUACGGCCGCCUGGAGCCGCUGGCGGAGGUGGACCUGAGCCCGCGCUGCGCCACGCUCAGCGUUCGCUUCGGCGAGCGGGAGGAGGCCCUCAGCCUCCGCCUGGAGCAGACGGUGGGCGACCUCAAGAAGCAGAUCAGGACACUGCUGCAGCUGCCCGCCAACAGCGUCCGGCUCUUCUACACCGCCCGGGAAAUAGGCUUCACGCUGGGCCCCGAGGAGCUGAAGUGCGGCUCCCGGGCGCUGCACUCCUACAGCAUGCGGGACGGAGACGAGAUCCUGGUGGUGCAGAAAGUGAAGAGCCGCUGCAGCUCCUCAGAUACUUGAGGGGGUUUUUUUCUUUUUUUUUUUUUUUUUUUCGAUAUUACAGCGAACGUACUGGAUUCUAAACUUUGACUUGACCACGAAAAAGGUUUUACAAUUUUGAAUGUAUAACAAAAAAGUGCUGCCCAACGUAUUGAUCAGAAUUAUGCAUUUGUGUUUUUGCACAUAGGCGCUCCGUGCUUAUAUUCAACAUUAAGUGGAAAUUGCACAUUCUUGUGCUUCGAGCUGCUUGAGAGCAGACUGCAGUUUACACCUACUUAAUGAUAGAUUCUUCAGAAAAGCCAGAAAUAGUUUCCAAUUGCCCCUUUUUUGGUUUGAUUGCACAUAGAAAUGACAAAACUACUUUGUUAUAAUUGGUACUUGAUGAAAACCGCCCUUUGCUUGAGGGUGAUGCUGCUGCAUCAAUCCUCGGAUGAAACUGUGGUUAUGAUGCCCCGAAAAAGGACAAAAAAAUGAGGACAAAAAGGAAAUAAGCUGAGAUGAAAAUUGAAAAAGUUGAUGAACAACGUCUGCUGUGCUCAAAUUCUAAUUCUAGUUCUAAUCAUGUCUUUCGGCUCGUCAAAACGUCCGCAGCUCCUCUGUGUUUUCCUGUUGCAGGUCAAAAAGAAACAUCACAGUUACUUAUUCGACAAUUAAGAAAAAAUUUAAUCACAAUCAAUUAACCUUAAUAUUAAAGAAGUGAUCAGGAAUUUAUUCAAACACUUAUCUUUAACCCGUGGUUCUCAAAGUGUGGGGCAGGCCCUGACUGAGGGCGCCGCAGAGCUGCUGCCGGGGCACAGCAACAGGAACCAUCGGCAUUAGCUAGUUUGUUAAAAAACACAUUUUUAUUUGUAUGAUUCAUAUUUACAAUAAUUCUGACUGCAAAGCCAGCAGAGAAACCUGACAGAUUUACUCAUGAAUCCCGACAAAAGUUGUUUUUAUACCUGAUAAAGUGAAAAACAUCAAUAAAUUGUCAACACUGACAGAGGAGGGCUCAUCCUGUCACACUUUGAGGACCUCUGCCUUUAACUUGAAGGGAUCGGCGUUGCCAAGAGUUUAUAAAUUAGGUUUAUCCUUAAUGUGGAAAAAUAGUUUUAUUCACAUCCUAUUAACCACGAACGACUCAAAGAGGCUUUAUUUUUAUACCUUCUUAUUUAAGCAGAUUUUGCUGAUUACAAAUUUCUAUCUCUAGCGUGAAGUCUCGGUCUCUUUCUCGUGACUGGAGUUGAAAUAACCUGAAAUAACCCCCACGAGCUGCCCCGUGGCGGCUUUGACGUGGAGCUCGCCGCUACCGCUCAGUCAAGACGCCCCGGGCCGAAAGACGAGCCCGGCGGCGGGGCGAGUUCGGGUCUGAGAUGGAAGUGAAAGAAGUGUUGACGCUCGGGUUACGGCAGGUCUUCUGGCUGUCCGGCCCAUGAAUGGACCAGCCCCCCCCCCCCACCCCUCCUCCUUCCCUCUACGAGGCAGCUGAGAAACGUUGGGGGCCCGAUCUGUAUGGUAACCACACACCAGCUGCUGUGUCACGGAAACUUCCGCUGCGUUUAGGUUAGAGCGGGUUCACCCAACAAGCUCUCGCCCCCCCCCCCCACACGUUCAUCCUCGUCUCACCCGGCUGCCGCGUCGAGCUUCUGGACUGUUUAUAGUGGCUCACACUUUUUAAAACUGACAUUGUUUCCAGCACGUGUGAGGACACUUUGACUUAUCCCCCACCUUCUUUAAAUAAGGGUUUUGUUAUCCAAAGCAUGUGAACGUGUGUUUCCUCAUUGUGCCAUCUGGAUCCUUUGGGUAGCAGAUAACUGGACUUCACUGGUGUUUUAUUGACUGGGUUUGCAUUAGAUGUUUUAUUUGGGUGAUUUCUUUCACGGAGCGGAGGUGAUGAUGGGAUAAGCGUUUAUCGUGGGUCGCUGCAUGAUCUGGUAUUUCUUCAUGUUCGAUUCAUAAUUUCGGGGUGAGUGUGUGGGAGAGAUAUGGUGUUUCAGGGAAACAAUGUUUUUGGGGCAUUUGUGAUUUUGAGUUUGUGAGAUGUUAACUGUGCUUCGGUCCGCCUUUCCUUCAGUGAUACCAAAAUGCAGAGUUUAUCGACAGAUUUUUAAAAAGAAAAGUGUUUUAUCGGAAAAGUGCAGUUUGCCUUGUGCUGUUUAGAAAAUGGUGUAUAAUUUAUAUCAUGUUUGCGCUCUGCUUCCUCAUGUGUAUCUUGACACCUUUUCUUUCCUCUCUUGACACCACAAUGCUUUUGCUUCACCUGUACUGUAUAAUGGUGCUUUCACCUCCUAAAGAAAUAAAGUUAUACAU